UUCGCUCAUAAUUGAAUAGAACCGCGAAUCUAUCCUGCCCCAUUGAACGCUUUUUAGCCUUCCUCCAUCCCGUAACUCAAAUGUUACGCCAGCUAGAUUAAUGGAACCGAUAUUAAGAUUGUUGCAUUUACAGGAUGAGUUCUUUGUUCACAGUAAUAAUGCACACUAUUGUCUGCUUUUCUGUAUAUUUUUGCAUUAGUCUAGCUUUUAAAAACAAUACUUUUUUUUUCUUGGCCAGUUAGCUGCCGUACUACAACUGUCAAAUCACGUUAGACCGACUGCGCCUUUCAUUUGUUUCCUUACUCGAGUUGAUUUAGUCAAAUGGCAAUACCAUUAAUUAUCUGAUCAGCGCUCAUGAAAAGUAAGUGUACAGGAUUGAGUGUUUAAUUAAGACGCAUGGGUUUUUGUCGGCUCUAAAACGUUGCUAACUUCAGCUAAAUAUGUUUUGUGCACAGGUCGCAUCCAUUCAAUUAGCAAGGCUAGGCACCUGACAUUAGGAAAAGUCAUUGGCAACAUAAUUUAUGGAAACCGGGACCUGAUUCGCUAGCUAGCUACUGUAGUUAGCUAAUUUGGCUAUAGAUUAUUACUUGAUGUCAACACUGUUGGCUAAAUUGCUAGCUAAUACUAAACUCCAGCUAAUGUAAACUGUUUGGUUAGCGUCUUGGCUAAGUAGGUGGAAGUUGAAUACUAUGCAACACUAUUCUGGAUAGCAAGGUGGUUAAGCAGGUCUUAGAUCAUAACAGUGCAAAUAACUAUUACUGGGACUAUGUUGCUCUAAUUCAAUUAAUUUUUCUUUGUAUUUAAUUUUCUAUCAACCCUGUUCCCUACCUCUCAUUUGGGUGCUGAUCAUCAGACAGGAGUCUGUGGCUACCUGUUCUCAGUGCUGUAAGGGCCUUUUCUUCUCCUGGAGGCCCCACUCCUCCUUUUACCGCCCUGUCUGUCAGUCAACCUACCACAGCUGUCACUCACGUAGAGCUGCACCGACCAGAGAAACGCAAUGACAUGAAUAAAGCCUUCUGGAGGUAACACCUGGCCCAAACAUCACUACUUGAACACAGUUGAAUCCUUCCUGUUUUUCUAGUUGUACUUGUGUGUAGUCCAGCACUACAGCACGGUGGUCAUGAAUUUAUUUGAAUCAUAUGUCUUAUGUGUUUUCUCUUCCACCGUACACCCCCAUUUUCUCUCAGAGAAAUGGUGGAGUGCUUUACACAGAUAGCUGGGGACCCGGAUUGCCGGGUAGUUGUCUCAGGUUCUGGAAAAGUUUUCACAGCUGGCGUUGACUUCAUGGACACGGCCAGUGAAGUCUUACAGCCUGAGGGGGACGACAUGGCCAGGACUUCCUGGAACAUGCGACGCAUCAUCGCCAAGUACCAGGAAACCGUCAUUGAAAUGUGUCCAAAGCCUGUGGUUGUGGCAGUGCAGGGCGCUUGUGUUGGAGGAGGAGUGGAUCUGAUCACAGCCUGUGAUAUCCGUCUCUGCACUCAGGAUGCCUGGUUUCAGGUGAAGGAAGUGGAUAUAGGCCUAGCAGCUGACGUUGGCACUCUGCAGCGCCUACCUAAAGUCAUUGGGAGCCGCAGCCUGGUGAAUGAAUUGGCUCUGACAGCGAGGAAGAUGUAUGCCGAUGAGGCCAAGGAAAGUGGAUUAGUCAGCCGUGUAUUUCCGGACAAGGAGGCGUUGAUGGCUGGAGCUCUGGAGAUAGCAGGCUGCAGCCCUGUGGCUGUCCAGGGAACCAAGGUCAACCUGAUCUACUCCAGAGACCACCGUGUGGCAGAGGGCCUGAACUACAUGAGGUUUUUAGUGAAUGAAGCCUAUUGGGAGCGUCCUCAUGGCCCAGUGUUCCUGUUCAUCGGAGGGGAGGGCCCCAUCUCUGAGUUCGAUGUGCUGGCAGGCCACCAUGUGGACAUGGCUGAGGAGCACGGGGCCCUGCUUGUGGCCCUGGAGCAUCGUUUCUACGGCGAGAGCAUCAACAAAGACGGCCUGGAGACUGAGAAUCUGGGAGACCUGUCCAGCCAGCAGGCUCUCGCUGACAUCGCAGAAUUCCAUCAAUACAUCAGCGAUCGCUUUGACCUCUCCGACAAAAAUACCUGGAUCAGCUUCGGAGGUUCCUAUGCUGGGGCCUUGUCUGCCUGGCUCAGGGGAAAGUUCCCCCACCUGGUCUAUGGUGCUGUGGCCUCCUCCGCUCCUGUCAAAGCCAAACUGGACUUCUCCGCCUUCAACAAAGUGGUGGGUCUUAGUCUUACGGAUGAGGACGUUGGAGGUUCAGAUAAGUGUGUGGGGGACAUCUCAGAGGCCUUUGCUGCCGUGGAGGCCGCCCUGUUUGCGGGGAACGCCACUGAGGUUGGGAAGGACUUUGGGUGCUGUGAGACCCCUGAGGAUCUGGAGGACCAGAUCGAGCUGAUGCAGAGCCUGGCUGACAUCGUCAUGGGAACUGUGGCGUACAACGAGGAGGGGGGCAUCCUGACUAUUGAGGAACUCUGUGACAUCAUGACCAAUGAGACAGAGACCUUCGAUUCGGAGACUGAGGCCUACAACCGGCUGAUCAAACUGGUGCAGAUAGACCGUGCCACUGGCGAGGAGCCCUGUCUGGAUGCGUCCCACAAGCAGACCAUCAAGGACUUGAGUGACACCAAUCUGGACUCUGCCUACAAUGGAGAGAGACAGUGGUACUACCAGACCUGCACCGAGUUCGGCUUCUUCCAGACGUGUGAGGACGCCAGCUGUCCCUUCUCCCGCAUGCUGACCCUACAGGCUCAGACUGACCUGUGUCCUGAGGUGUUCAACAUCCCCCAGCACAGUCUGCCCGGACACAUCGCCUUCACCAACAAGUACUAUGGAGGAGACCACCCCGACACUGACAGGGUGCUCUAUGUCAACGGUGACAUUGACCCCUGGCACGAGCUCAGCGUCCUGGAAGAGGACUUGGACAAGGAGGACGAAGACAUGACCAUCCUCAUCGAGGGCACCGCCCACUGUGCCGACAUGAACCCCGAUGGCGUCACAGACCGCCCCGCCCUGAAGCAGGCCCGCAAGGCCAUUGAGAGGAAGGUUGCCAAGUGGCUGAAGGAAGCUGCCAGGAAGCUUAUGGACUGAUGCACCCAACGACAGGUCAUCUGAUCAUCUGACUGUCAUGACCAUCACUCAGCCAAUCAAACUGAUCUGACCUGGUUGUACUGCGGUGACCCCUCUUCCUGUAGCUCCGUGCUCAUAUUGCACAUUUCCGUACCAUUACUAUAACCACAACUAUGGCCCCUACAGCAAAUCACUUUAUGUGUGUGCAUGUGCUUGUUUGUGUGUGUCAAACUUUGGGCAGUGAAUCACAUGGUGCUGUUUCCUGAGCCCAUCUCCUCAUGUUUAUUCCGAUGAUGAUCACAUGACCAUUGGGUCAGGUCCUCUAAGGUGGCGUUCUUCUGGUGGUUUUUCUAACGUUUUUAGUGUUUUUCUUAAGUUUUUAUAGUGUGCUUGAAUUUACUCCAGUAUAUACGUUUCAGGGCAGGUGGGGCACGUGUUUUGAGCCCCACGUGUUUUGAGCCCCACGUGUUUUGAGCCCCACGUGUUUUGAGCCCCACGUGUUUUGAGCCCCACGUGUUUUGAGCCCCACGUGUUUUGAGCCCCACGUGUUUUGAGCCCCACGUGUUUUGAGCCCCACGUGUUUUGAGCCCCACGUGUUUUGAGCCCCACGUGUUUUGAGCCCCACAUUUUUAGCAAAAAAAAUAUUUAGCAAAUUUGUAUUUGUAUUUUUUUGGACUUGCCUGUUUUGCAUGUUAUUUUGGCAUUAAUACGUGUUAUAUAUCAGUUUGCUAACAAUAUAAAAAAAUAUAUAAAUGAUUGAGUUAAUAAAGCAGCACACAAACAUGGUCACUUUUUUGUUUUCUUGAGUAAGGCAGCUCCAAAAUGCAGGUGUUUCAGCCCAGCUCAGUGCUUUCUGUGGUGGUGUGGCAAGCCAGAAGAAAAUACGGAGCGUUGCGCUGUAAUUGACUCAGUGUUCUGUCACUCCUGAGGACACUGCGUCACUGCCAAGUCUAAGGGUAGACCUGACAUCAUCAUGAUUUAACCUUUUUUUCCUGAGUUCCCAGGUGUCUUGAAAGCACCAUAAAUCCAGAUAAUGCCAGACUGAUGACAAAACUUUGAUGACAAAAUUUGCCCGCAAAGGAUCGCAGCGCCACCUUUCUGUUCAAGUGAGCACAGCACAACAAGAUGAGUUCAAACAUGUCUUGUAUGCUGCUGCAUAAAUAAUGUAGUAUACCAGGGAGAUAUGUAUACUGUAGCUAAGAAAGUAAUACUAAGUGUAUGUUGUGUAGUAAGCUGUUAGUAGCCCAUGUGCCUCACCCUAAUCAUUUGGUCUAUUUUCACCUCUUAAUUUGACAUACUGUUCUGACAUGGUGGUGCACAUGUAGCCUAUAACCUGUUUUUGAGAAAUGUAAUCAUCGAAUAUUGUAAGCGCUUCCAUGUCUGCUUAUAUGCCCCCUUUAUUUAUCCUAUGGUUCUGACUUGGUGUACAAGGAGAACACUGUGUACAAGGAGAACACAUGUUCUGAAUUCCGUCGCUGUACAUUUCAAAAGUGCAGAUUAAAUAGUUAUAUUUUUAAAUGUAAAUGGUUUAAAUUGAACCUUUAUUUAACUAGGCAAGUCAGUUAAGAACAAAUGACGGCCUAUCCCUGCCAAACCUGGAUCUCAUCGCCCUCCAGCGACUCCUGUGGCGGGCCGGGCGCAGUGCGUGCUAACCAAGGGGACCAGGUGCACGGUGUUCCCUCCGACACAUUGGUGUGGCUCGCUUCCGGGUUGGAGGCGCGCUGUGUUAAGAAGCAGUGCGGCUUGGUUGGGUUGUGCUUUGGAGGACGCAUGGCUUUCGACCUUCGUCUCUCCCGAGCCCGUACGGGAGUUGUAGCAAUGAGACAAGAUAGUAAUUACUAGUAAUUGGAUACCACGAAAAUUGGGGAGAAAAGGGGGUAAAAUUAAAAUAUAUAUAUAUAUAUAUACAUAAAAAAAUAUAGAUAUACACUGCUCAAAAAAAUAAAGGGAACACUUAAACAACACAAUGUAACUCCAAGUCAAUCACACUUCUGUGAAAUCAAACUGUCCACUUAGGAAGCAACACUGAUUGACAAUAAAUUUCACAUGCUGUUGUCCAAAUGGAAUAGACAAAAGGUGGAAAUUAUAGGCAAUUAGAUGCUGAGCAGUUGCCAUACCAGGUGUUGAUGCAAUCGGUCAGGAUGCUCUCGAUAGUGCAGCUGUAUAACUUUUUGAGGAUCUUGGGGGGGGGGGGGAAGGUGUUGUCGUGCCCUCUUCACAACUGUCUGGGUGUGUUUGGACCAUGAUAGUUCGUUGAUGUGGACGCCAAGGAAUUUGAAACUCUUGACCUGCUCCACUUCAGCUCGUCGAUGUUAAUGGGGGCGUGUUCGGCCCUCCUUUUCCUGUAGUCCACGAUCAACUCCUUUGUCUUGCUCACAUUUAGGGAGAGGUUGUUGUCCUGGCACCGCACUGCCAGGUCUCUGACCUCCUCCCUAUAGGCUGUCUCAUCGUUGUCGGUGAUCAGGCCUACCACUGUUGUGUCGUCAGCAAACUUAAUGAUGGUGUUGGAGUCGUACUUGGCCACGCAGUCGUGGGUGACCGUGUUGAGGAUCAGCGUGGUAGAUGUGUUCUUGCCUACCCUUACCACCUAGGAGUUAAUUUUGUUUAAUACUGUGAGCUUGAAAAUGAUCAUCAGUAAAUGUUUGCUGAUAAUCUGGUGUCUGUUUUCUGUGGAUUGUGGGAUUUUGUCUUUGACUAAAAUUCAUUUCAAAUCAAGUUUAUUUUAUAUAGCCCUUCGUACAUUAGCUAAUAUCUUGAAGUGCUGUACAGAAACCCAGCCUAAAACCCCAAACAGCAAGCAAUGCAGGUGUAGAAGCACGUUGGCUAGGAAAAACUCCCUAGAAAGGCCAAAACCUAGGAAGAAACCUAGAGAGGAACCAGGCUAUGAGGGGUGGCCAGUCCUCUUCUGGCUGUGCCGGGUGGAGAUUAUAACAGAACAUGGCCGAGAUGUUCAAAUGUUCAUAAAUGACCAGCAUGGUCAAAUAAUAAAAAAAUUGAAAUUCAUUUCAACCCAAAAACAGUUGUUAGCAUUUUGUUCGUUAGUUCAGUUACUCCAAUCCCAGAAAAAUGUGCAUGUCAGCAGUCGAGUUGUCGAGAUGGAGCACUUUCAGUACAGAGCAAAAACUGUGGUGAUUAUAAAUUAUAUUCAAAUGGCUAAACACUCAGUUUUUGAGUAAAAUAUCCCUUUUUUAAUUGUUUUAAUCUUUACUCUCAGCAGGGGGCGCUAAUGCUAUAC